AUUAUUAUUAUGUUGUUGUCAAAGUCAUCAUCAUCAUAAUCAUCAACAACAACAUUCAAAAAAUCAAUCAAAACGUUUGCUACCAUUUCGUUUACCACGUCGUAUGAUUGCUAAAAUUUUUCAGUUUAUUUUUUUGGUAGUCUUAAUUGCCACUGUGAUCGUGAAUAUUUUAUUCAUAAUCGAUACAACAAAUCGUUUAAGAAAUAAUCAACAAACAAUUUUUAGCCAAAUUAAUCCAUUGGCUGAUGGUGGUGGUGCAUCUGCGGAUUCUUCAGCAACAAAUUUUCUUUCAUUCGAUACAUCCAUUGUUGAUGGACAACAACGAACAAAUUUUAUUCCAUAUGAUCAAUCGAAUAACAAUAUCGGUGACAAUGAUGAUAAAGCCAAUAAAGCUGGUCAGAUAGCAUCAAGACAUCUGGAAUUGGAAAUUUUAUCCAGUCAAUCUAGAGUUUAUGUUAUGGUUGAUGGAACAACUAUUCUAGAUGAUUCCGAUGAAACAAAAGGCCGUGGAAUUCAUGUACUUGUAUUACAUCAAUCAACUGGAUCAAUUAUGGCACAAAGAUUAUUCGAUACAUAUUCACCACAUGAAGAUGAAUCUAUGUCUUUGUUUCUCAAUCUAAUUACCGAUGGUCGAAUAAUUGUAUUCGCCAUCAAAGAUGAAGGAACAUUUCAAAUGAAACAAGCUGCUCGUGAUUUAUUGAAACGAAUGGGUUCCAAACGAUCACAUCAGAUUGGAUGGCGUGAUAUGUGGUGUUUUGUUGUCCGUAAAAAUACACAAGAUGGUGAUAAGAGCGAAUCUUCAUCGAAUGUUUUUGGAGAAGCUUAUGCUAAAUCUCCUGAUUUCAAUAGUUGGGCAGCACCAGUUAUGCUACAAGCAACGGUACCAUUGGUACCAAGCGAUCAAUCCGAAUGUAAACAAUGGUCCGAUACGGAAGAAAAUCGUCGGCGGCGAUCAUUCUGUUCACGUAUUGAAGGAUAUGGUUCUGUUUGUAAUUGUAAUGAUCCAGCUAUGAUUGAUUUCUCUUCACUAUCUCGGGUAUCACAUGAUGAAAAAUCCGAAUAUGAACGUAUAUCACGUGUACCGGUAUCGAUAGUUGCAUCGAAUCGUCCACAAUAUCUUUAUCGAAUGUUACGUACACUGUUAUCGGCACGUGGUUGUAAUCCAUCCAUGAUAACCAUUUUUAUUGACGGUUAUUUCGAAGAACCAUUAGAAGUGACUAAAUUAUUUGGACUUCGAGGAAUUCAACAUACACCUAUUGGUAUUAAAAAUGCUAGAAUAUCUCAACAUUAUAAAGCUAGCUUAACGGCAACAUUUAAUCUUUUUCCUGAUGCUGAAUAUGCGAUUAUUCUUGAAGAAGAUCUCGAUGUUUCACCAGAUUUUUUUAGCUAUUUCGGUCAAACAAUGCCAUUGUUGGAACAAGAUCCAAGUUUAUAUUGUGUAUCUGCUUGGAAUGAUCAAGGUUAUGAACACACCAGUCAGGAUCCAAGCUUAUUGUAUCGAGUGGAAACUAUGCCCGGUUUGGGAUGGAUAUUGAGUCGUAAACUUUAUAAAGAUGAGCUUGAAACUAGAUGGCCUACACCGGAAAAACUUUGGGAUUGGGAUAUGUGGAUGCGAUUACCAGAUAUACGCCAUGAUCGUGAAUGUAUCGUACCGGAUGUUUCUCGUACAUAUCAUUUCGGUUCUUCUGGUAUCAACAUGAAUUCAUAUUUUCAAGAUGUUUAUUUCAAAAAACAUGCCUUCAAUACAUUGCCAUAUGUUCGUAUGCGAAAUCUAGAUAGCCUAAAAAAAGAUAAUUAUGAACGAAUGAUUGAAAAAAUGAUAAAAGCAGCACGUCUAGUUGAUCAUUCAAAAGAUCCAUGUGAAAAUGAUUUUAUACCAUCAUCAUUAUCAUCAUCAUCAUCAUUAAUAAAUCUUUCUUGGAAUGACACCGAUUCAUAUGUAAAUUCGGGCAAUAAUGCUGCUCAUCAUCAAACAUAUGUUAUUUAUAUAAAACAAAUGAAUUCUAGAGAUUUUCAAACCUGGCUACAUGUUGCAAAAUGUUUUCGAAUAUGGGAUCUAGAUGCUCGUGGCUAUCAUAAAUCAAUGUGGCGUUUUUUCUGGCAUCGACAUCAUGUUCUAGUGAUUGGUGUACCACAUUCACCAUAUUCACAUCUGAAACCUGCAAAUAUUAUGCCCAUAUCGGUCAAUGAUACAACACAAAAUCCAAUUAUCAAUUGAAUUUUCUACUGAUUCACUCCACAAUUUUUCACUCGAAUCAGAAGUGUGAUAAUCCAAUAUUUAUAUACCCUUGAUUCCUUUUUUUUCUCUCAAAUUCUCUUGCUAAAAACGAAACGAAAGUCAUCAUCAGUCAUGUUUUUACAUUCAAAUGUGUGUGAUAUAUUCAACGGCGCCAUUCAACAACAACAAAAAAAAAGACAAUUCAUUGAUUCAUAGAAGAUACACAAGUUUUGUGCCAAACAGCAAAAAAAAAGUCAAUACCGUCAUCAUAAUCAUCAUCAUCAUCAUAUUUUUUUUGUUCAUUUUUGGCCAAUCUGUUUUUUUUGAUAUGUUUUUUUUUCACUCGAUGUUAUAUCGUAGUUAUGUUCUCGUUUCAUUCCACUUUCACAAUUGAUUAGAUCUUUAUUAUCUAUAUAAUAUGUAUGUAAUUUGUAUUUUCAUCAUAAUCUUAAAUCAACAAAAAAAAGACAACAAACAAAUCUGUUUAUUUCAGCGAAAAAACAAAAACAGAUUUCCAACACUAGCUACGAUCUAAAUCACCCUUUUAUUCUUCUUUUUUUUCGUUAUUUAAUCGAUAAAUUCAUCAACAUACCGAUGAUUCGAUGAUGGAAAAAAAUGCC